AAAGUAUUAAAUCAAGAAAAUUACGAACUAGGUAUAAGUGCCCUUAUGGCUGCUGGAAAUGUUAAGAUCUACUCUAAUAAUGAGAUAUUAAAAUAUUUGGUAAAAAUACCAAAAGUGUACUCUGUUUGCCCAUUAAUAGAAAUUUUUCCGGUAAUAUACAAUAACACGAUAUUAGAUUUAAGAAAUAAAUACUCUGCUAAAUACGGGAAAUACCGUAGUCCGCUUUAUAACUGCAAGGAAACUGUAACUAUCCCUUUCUGUCAAAUUGAUACAUUUGAUUCCUGCAUGUACCAAAUGCUAAACAACAUUUCGGCAACCUGUAAGACAACUACAGCAUACCAUGUACCUCCGGUCAUCCAAAUCGACGAAAACAUUCUGUUAUAGUAUGUUUACAUAUAACGAGAUUAUCUCCAUUAACGAGAUUAACUCGAUAAUCCGUAAGUAAGAGAGAUUUACCAUACAAAAUUCCUCUCUAGUUAAUCCGAGAUUAAAAAUUAAUCUCAKAUUACACAACUAGAUAAUUGGUGUUAUCCUAAUUUUAUCGAUAAUUUUUGCGAAAAAGAGGAGAAAUGUUAAAUGACAAAGUAAACCAAAAUGGCCGACAGCGUGGGGAAGAGAAAAAAGAGAUCAACUUGGAAUAAGGARGAAGUUGAACUUUUUUUCUGCUUGUGGGAGGAAAAAUUGCAACAGCUUCGUGGUGUAAAACGCAAUUCCCACGUUUUCAAGGAUAAGGCUGCAGAAAUGGCCACAAAGGGGCACGUAUAUUCCGCGAAUGAAAUUCGUGUGAAAAUACACAACUUAACAAAUAAAUACAGAGAUGAGAGGAAGUCUAUUGGGUCCCUCUGGCGGCAGCCCUUCGACAUGGGAAUUCUACCCUAAAAUAAAUAGUAUCC